AUGGGACUGCGUAAACUCCUGCUAGUACAUUUUCUCGUAAUUCUUGUCUCUCGCAGCAAUGCUGAAUUAUAUUCCAUAGAGAUUCCGAAGAACAUCACAUUAACAAUGAAAAUUAUCAAACUUGAACUUGAAAGUACGAAAAAUGAACUUUUAACAACAAUCGACGAUCUUGAACAACGCAGCGGUAUCAGCGAUAUUACCAAUCAUCUGAUUGAAUUCCAAUCAAAUGUCAAACAAAUUUUGUCUGGUAAUNGACAAUAA